AACCCCAUAGACGUGGCAGCUCCGGGUAGGGGCCAACCAAGCUGGGGUGGCAGGUUCUUCCUUGCCCUGCUGGCUGCCAGUCCCCAGGGAGCCUUGCACCAGGCGGACAAUGCACCAGGCUGGCCGCCAUCCCUGGCCUUCUCCAGCUGUGAACGGGUCAGUGGGGCAGGAGCCCCAGAGGCAGCUCCCGGAUAUGCUGAGUGGGGCUUGGGAACCACCUCGAGGAGAUGGGCUGCCCCUGCUCACUGUCAUCGUCACUGCCUUUGUCCUGCUGGCAGUCUGUAUUGUGGUGGCAGUCCACUUUGGGCCAAGACUACAUCAGGGCCAUGCCACUCUCCCCACAGAGCCACCAGCCCCGAAGCCAGAGGGUGGCAUCUACCUCAUCCACUGGCGAGUGUUGGACCCCUGGGACAGUCAUGAAGAUGCCCAGCAGGAACCUCCUGUCCCUGGCUCCUACCCUGUUCCAGAUGGCCCUACGCUCAGCAUUGAAGAAGUCACAUAUCUAUAGGAGGAAGACUUUGAAAAGCUGGACUGACCUGGCUCAGAACAAGCAACUGGACAGAGAAUUAGGGCAAAAGAAAAUUGGGUCUUGGGCAUUAGAGCUUUGGAAGGGCACACAUGGACUCAGCUGGAGCUGCUCUCCCUGCAGAAUAUUUAUAGAGAAAGCCCUGAUGUGGACAGGAGAAAUAAAAGAAACUUGAGGGCUUUGCCCAGAAACAUG